GGUCCCAAGUGUGGCGAAUCGUCCGGCUGAGAACUGAUAGGAUGAUGAUAGCCAAACAAAAGCCUCACGUUUUUUAAAUCCGAACAGGAAUAAAAGUCUCUCUUAUUUCCCAAAUCUCAUGGCGAUUCCUCGUUCUCAUGGAACGACACCCAAACUCUGGAGCCAAUCCUCUCCGUAGUAGUUCCCCUUUUUUUUUUUUGCGCCUCCCCUGUAUAUAUAAGAGAAAACAAACGAGGAUCGAACCCUAACUCAGGCGAUUCGACUCGAUUAUUCACAAGCUAACGCAACUCACACCAACGAGUAUAUCCUCUGGCAAUGCGACUCUGGUUGUCGGCGAUAUCCCUCUCGAGAGAGGACUCCUUUUCUUUGGCUAAAAUCUUCGCCUUUUUUCAGAUUGAUUUAAAAGGUUCAAGACAUGUCCAACGAUUCUCAUGCCCCUAAUUCCAGGGUUCUCCUUUGCAAUGCUGGUGCCGGCGCAGCCGCUGGUGUUAUUGCUGCAUCAUUCGUUUGUCCUUUAGAUGUUAUAAAGACAAGAUUUCAGGUUCAUGGGCUGCCAAAGCUCGGUAACGGAGCCGUUAGAGGUAGUCUUAUAGUAGGUAGCUUAGAACAAAUAUUUCGGAAGGAAGGCUUGCGUGGCAUGUAUCGUGGGCUUUCUCCCACUGUACUCGCUUUACUUCCAAAUUGGGCAGUAUACUUUACAAUGUAUGAGCAGCUCAAAGGCUUUCUUUGUUCUAAUAAUGAGAAUCACCAUCUCUCGAUAGGUGCAAACAUGCUAGCUGCAUCUGGUGCAGGAGCUGCGACAACCAUUUUCACAAAUCCUCUCUGGGUUGUGAAGACAAGACUUCAAACUCAAGGAAUGAGAGCGGGAGUGGUUCCUUAUAGUAGUACUCUUUCUGCUUUGAGGAGAAUAGCUCAUGAGGAGGGUAUUCGGGGUCUAUACAGUGGUCUCGUGCCUGCAUUAGCAGGUAUCAGUCAUGUUGCCAUUCAGUUUCCGACAUAUGAGAAGAUCAAAUUAUAUUUAGCUGAUAAAGAUAACACUACAAUGGAUAAACUCAGUGCACGUGAUGUUGCUGUUGCCUCAUCAGUUUCCAAAAUAUUUGCAUCCACGUUGACUUACCCACAUGAGGUGGUACGCUCAAGGCUUCAGGAACAGGGACAUCACUCUGAGAAACGAUAUUCUGGUGUGGUUGAUUGCAUUAGGAAAGUAUUUCAGCAAGAAGGCGUUGCUGGAUUCUACCGUGGGUGUGCAACAAAUCUUAUCAGGACCACACCUGCAGCUGUUAUCACAUUCACUAGCUUUGAGAUGAUUCAUCGGUUUCUUGUCAAUAUUUUCCCUCCUGAUCCACAGCCUCACACAUUGUGAGGGUGCGUCAUGCUCAAACAAAGAUAUAGCACGCUGUCACCUGGCAUAUGACCGGGCAGUAAUACAUCAUCUUGGUAGUGAUACAGUUUCACAGAUGUUUAUGUAGUGUAUUCUUCUGGUAGAUUUUACCAACAUUGAUUUGAUCCUCAUCUCCUCGUCUUUAACCCUGUAAGAUGAAAGCUUCCUGAGGAAGGUGUGGACAUGAUAUACUGACAAAUGAUAAUGACGAAAAAAGUACACUGUGAGCUUAAAUUAAUACAUUGUUAAAGCAUUGGUAGAUAAUUACAGUAA